GAGGCCCAUUCCCUAGUUUCGCAAGGAAAAUGUCGGCUAGAAUGGGUCCUAGUGGUGACCCCAUUGCCGCACCGUCAAUUUGUCUGUAUAGUUCCUUAUUAAAUAAAAAGUGGACAUUCAUUGUACAUUUCAAGAGAAGCUCUUCCAUGAAAGAUAUAGGAAUGCCAACAUCGAUGUUUCGUCUUUUGAGUUCUUCGCAUACAAAAUCCACUAUUUCCAUAAGUGGUACAUUGGUGAAUAAGGUAGGUACGUCAAAUGAUAUCAUGAAUUUAUUGUCAACAUUUAAAUCUUUUAUCCUUUCCACAAAUCCGAAAGUAUCCUUUACACAGUGUUUCACCAACUCAGUAUGAAGCGGCUGUAAGAUUUCGACUAGCCAUUUGGCUACAGGAUGGUAUGGCGAAUUUAACAUAUGUGCUGUAUAAAGAAAAUGAAUAGGACUUAUCUGGUAGUGGCUAUCAACGUGUAGUCAUCACAUAAGAGUAUUUCCAGAAGGAAGAUAGAAGUCUACCCA